AGCAGUGAGCGGCGAAUGGCCUGUAAAUGACUUCAACGGCGCUGUCCAGUUUUGUUGUUGUUCCUGUUGUUGCUAUUGGUCAAUCACUAAGAAGGUUUACACCAGACUAACCGUGGCUUUAAAUCAGUGCGCCACAAACGGCCAACGGCAACGGACUUGUAAUUCUAUCAGUGUUUUUCAUGUGAACAAACAAAGCGUGUGCGAAAAUUUUUUCAACAAAUUUUUAUUCACAAAUUAAAAUUAAUUUUUUGCCAAAGGUGUUUAAAUUUAAAGUAUUCGCUAGAAUCAAUUGCAUUGUGCGAAAUUGUUUAAAACCGCAAAAGCGGCAAAAUAAAUAAAACAAAAACUUAAAAUUUUCAAUAAAAAAUUCACGCAAUAUUCUUUUUCAAAGGCGCGUUUAUUUUGCAAUCGCCAGGAGAUACCGACUCUCGAUACAUACUGGUCGCAUUCUGAAUACAAAAUCAGUUACGAAAUUGUUGUGUGCGAUUAAGGGAAACCAUUGAAUUUAAAUAAAUAUAAUUCAAUUGUGAAAAGGAAUUCCUGGACUUUUUUCGCUCGUUUUGUACUUUGCUGUCAGCAAAGCCAACAAAUUAAUUCAAUUCGCGCUUACAAACACACACUCACAUACAAACACUCACACAUACAAGAAAAUAUAAAUAUUGCAUAAAAAUGAUGCUGAAAUUCCUACUGUUGGCAUAUAUGCUGCACAUGGCAAUCGCUGCGCCGCAGCUCCUCACUUUCAGAGAUGGCAAAUUUGGCGUCAAUUUCGGUGGUUAUCACGCCGAGGCAGGUUUGGGUGGCUUACUUACUGGCAAUGCGGCGCAUGGCGGCCUGAGCGCCUCGGCCGGUACACCAUUCGGGCAAAGAGCUGGUGCCGGUUUGGGUGGCAGCGUUGAUGGCAACGCCGCUGGUUUACUAUACGCCGGUGCUGAGGCCAAUCCACGAACCGGCGCUGGUGUAAUUCUGGGCGGCGACACCGGCAAAGGUGGUUAUGCUGGCUCACAAGCUUUUGCCGGCGGCAGAACAGUUGCUAGCACAAAAAAUACGCUUUUCCCUGGUGCUUACAACAAUCAAGCAAAUUCGGUGAAUACAGUGACUAGCGCACCUAGUGUUGGCGAUAAUCCCACGGAGAUCUACUACAAUGGCAUUCAGAAAGUGCGACCUCCAAAGAAGUAUCUGAUUAAACCAAGUUCUUACAUUAACAAAGCAUAUAAAAGUGACAAUAUUGCUGACCACAAGAGCACUACGAAACCUCGCACCGAAACCACCAACACCAAUAGCGAUGCCCCGCCGUCUGCUAAAGUGAAAAACUCCAACCAUAAUGGCGACAGUAAUGAGAGCGAUUAUGGCACCGCCGCUGCUCCCUCCAUCACCGCGGAAGGACAUGAUAAACAAUAUACCGUUAAACCUAUUGCCACAUAUGUGAAGAGCGAUGAACAAUAUCCAGCAAGAGAAGAAGGAAUACAAUCCGCAAUUGCAAGUGGUGGCAGCAUAACCGCAAAGAAGAAUAAAGCGCAACCCGACGAGUACGAGCCACAAUCGGCAGAGAGAAAGCAGGUUGAGAAUCCAAAAGUCAUAUCCGCGCCACCCACCGUCAUAGUGAGCCGGCAACGUUUACGCCAAAAGUCACGCAUGCGACCAAAUAAACGUGAACGUCAACAGCAGCGGCAACGCGAACGUCUCGUGCAGUAUGCAGCACAGGUAGGCGCCACCGCUGACGCCAAUGCCAACGCCAACGCCAACACUGCUAACUCCCACCCUAACGCUGGUGCUGCUGUUGCUCAUUCCAAGCAUUUGACCAAACGUGUUGAGAAGCAUAAUUUCGAUUUUCCCGCACCGUCGCCCUUGCCUGAGAUGAAUUUGAACAAUGGACCAUCUGUAGUGACUAGCGCUUUGAAUAUUCCAAUUGGUAUCUUACGUUCACUUCAGGAAUCAUUGGGCGGACUUGCUGGCGCAAAACAAGGAUCUUCAGUAUCUAACCAAUGAAGCAGGAAGAGAUUUAUGUGACAUUUCAUGUAUUUAAUUAGUUUAUAAUAAUAACUUACAUAUUUUAUAAUCGAUAAUAUGUGUACGCAUUUGGUACACUUUUGAUGACUCAAAUGAAUUUUUUCGAAAUAAAAUAAAAUAUAAAUUCUU